AUGCAAGUCAUCAUUGGAACAGACAUCGACAGAAAUCAACUAUAUCCAUCGUACCCGAAAAUAGAUUCACUCUACACACAGACACUCUACAACAUCGAUCCAAUCCUACAGAAUCACAAAUGGAGUGCAAAUGUAAUACCACUUGCCAAGUCAUCAACAUCUUCAUCACCAGAAUUACAACAACAACAAACAACUAAUAACAACAACAACAACAAUAAUAAUGAGCAACAACAACAACAACAAUUAUUAACAAAGAAUCAAUUCGAUUUGGAAAAACUUGCGCGUUGGUUCAUAAAGAAAUUCAAUCCGGUGAAUCCACUCACCUUUGUCUAUGGAUUGUCGUUCUUUAAGAAAGGUAGCUCCAAGACGAUCGACAUGAUCACGUUGAAGUCGUCGCCGAGCGGUAAGAGCUUCGUUGUCAACUUGGUGCAGACCUUCCGAUUGCAACCGCAACUCGAUUACUUCAAGGAUCAGGAGGAUCAGCGUCGUUUCGAGAGCGAGAACCUGCCCGCCUACACCAAGUUAUUCACCGAUCUUGAACAUGACUGUCAGACCAUCAAGAAUCUGGUGCCAUCUACAUCGGUCUCCAUCUACAAUCCUUUCUUUGACAAGCAUACAAGACGUACCGCCAAGAUACCAUCACCACUCACCGUUGAAUCAUCUUUUCUACUUAACAACAAUAAUAAUAAUAAUAAUAAUUUACAGACACCACCAACAACAACAUCAUCAUCAUCAUCAUCAUCGAAUACCACCAACACAUCUCAACAACAGUCAUUGGAAUCAGAAUCACCAAGAACUAAAAAACAACAAUCAAAUGUAAAACAUCAACAACAACAACAACCUCAUAACAACAAUAAUAGUAAUAAUGGUCAAUCAUCGUCAACUAACAAUAAUAUCGCUAAUAUAGAUCAAGUUUUGUUGUUAGGCAAAACCUAUACAGAUUUUAGUAACUAUUUAAUUCAAUCAAAUAUUUAA